AUGAAACCUCGCCGGGAGACUCCGCGCCUCCGCCGCCGCCCGAGGCGGCGGCGAAGGCCUCCGCAGCCGCCGCGGCCACCCUUGUCCGCGCCUCCGCCGCCGCGCCUCCUGCUCGUCGGUCGUGUCGAGCUCCGCGUCGUCGGUCGUCGUCGUUCUCCUCCUCUUCCCCUCCCCUUCUCCGUCCCCUUCCCAUUCGCCCCGCUCUCCUCUCUUUCCUCCUCCUCAUUCCUCUCUGUGGGAGCGCACCCCGAUCCCCAAAUCCCCCGCCCGCGAACCCCAAAUCCCCUCCCCCUCCUCAAAAAAACCCUCCCCCUUCCCCCUCCUCUCAAACCCUCGCCCCCGAUCUCCUCCUCCUCCUCCCUCCCCGAUCCCUUCGCCGCCGCCCUCGCCGAGUGCGCCCGCGCCUCCUCCUCCGACGAGAUCGGGAGUCGUCGGCGGCUCCGGCGCCGCCGCCCCCGCCGCGGCGCCGCCGCCGCGAUCGCGGCGCGCCUCGCCGUGCUGGAUCUGCACGGAUCGUGCAAGGCCGCGUGCGCCGUCGCCGAAGCCGCCGCCGCGGCGCGCCCGCGCCGCCUCGUCCGGUCCGGUUCGUUCGCCCACCUAAACCGCCCCGCCGGUCCGGUUCCAGAUGAGUACGUAAGCUACUACUAGAGGUGUUAUGUUAUAUUAUAGUGGUGAUGUUUUCGAAUUUCGAAUAAUAGUCAUAUUUUUAAUUCCGCAAGUAAUUGCUCUGUAAUGUUUUAUUUCGAUUAUUUUCUCCUUAAACUUUUGCAUAUAUUAUUACAUUUUAAAUUUUGCAAUGAAUUUCCACUUCCAAUGUUGUACAAUAACGAGUGUUUAGGGACUAAGCUGCAAAAUUGGGAUUGUAUAGGGAUUAAAUUUAGUUCUUAUUGUUGUAA